AUGACCUGGCCUAUAGUGGGAUGCUUCCCUCAGUUGCUUAGAAACAAACCGGUUUUCCGGUGGAUGCUUAAUCUGAUGGAAGAGAUGAACACCGAAAUCGCUUGCUUCAACCUUUGGGGGACCAAUGUGAUUGCAGUAACCUCCCCCGAGGUGGCACGCGAGGUACUCAAGAAACAAGACUCGGUGUUUGCAUCAAGGCCGACCUGCAUGUCGGCGGAGCUAAUGAGUAGUAACUACUUGAUAUCCGUGGUUGCUCCCAUGGGUGAGCAGUGGAAGAAAAUGAGGAGAGUUCUUUCGUCCCAUGUGGUCUCCCCCAAUGCGCUUAACUGGCUAUCUCACAAGCGGGCCACCGAAGCCGACCACCUCGUACAUUACAUCUACAACCAAUGUAUGAGAAACGCCGACGCAGGAGUAGUAGUAGAUGUGAGGGCGAUGGGGAAACACUUUUGUGGGAACGUGAUGAAGCAGAUGGUGUUCAGCAAGAGGUAUUUCAAGGCGGGGACGGAAGAUGGAGGGCCUGGCGUGGAGGACGAAGAGCACAUUGAUGCCACCUUUGGAGUUCUUGAUCUUUUGUAUUCCUUUGGGAUCUCGGAUUACUUUCCUUGGCUAAGGAUGUUUGAUUUGGAAGGUCAUAGGAAAGCCAUCCAGAAAGCUGUGGAGGGUGUUAGGAAGUACCAAGAUCCUGAAGUUGAUGAAAGGAUUAAGAUGUGGAAUGAUGGGGCCAAAACUGAGCAACAAGAUAUUCUUGAUGUUCUUAUCAAGCUCAAGAAUGUCCAUGCUAAACCAUUAUUAACAUCUGAAGAGAUUAAGGCACAAAUUCUUGAACUAAUGAUAACAAUUGUGGACAAUCCAUCAAAUGUGGUAGAAUGGGUUUUAGCAGAAAUGUUAAACCAACCAGAGAUUCUCAGAAGAGCCACCGAAGAACUUGAUAACGUCGUGGGAAAAGAAAGACUAGUACAAGAAUCAGAUCUUCCUGGACUAAACUACCUUAAUGCAUGUUUAAAGGAGGCAUUUCGGAUUCAUCCAUUAUCGGCUUUUGUUCCUCCGCACCUGUGUUCUUCCGACACAACCCUGUCCAACUAUUUCAUCCCCAAAGGUAGUCAUGUGAUGAUAAGUCGGCACGGGCUAGGGCGGAACCCUAGGAUUUGGGAGGAACCUCUCAAGUUCAACCCAGAACGGCACUUGAAAAAUGAUGGUUCAGAAGUGAGUCUGGCUGAUCCAGAGGUGAAGAUUUUAUCUUUUAGUGCUGGAAGGCGUGGAUGUCCAGGUGUUCAACUAGGGUCUUUGGUUAGCGGGAUGUUGCUGGGUAGACUUCUUCAAGGGUUUGAAUGGAGUGUGCCCCAUGGUGGAAGAGUAGACCUGAAGGAGGCAAAAGAUAGUAUCCUUCUUGCCAACCCUCUCAAUGCUCUUGCAAAGCCAAGGUUGCCUCACCAUAUCUACUCAUCCUAG